AUGGAGAGUAGUUUGCUGACCAAGAACUAUCAGCAUGUUUUGGCCCUGGCCUUUGCUGUGAGGGAGAUCAACGAAAACCAUCAGGUCUUACCAAACAUCUCCCUAGGAUUCAAUAUCUAUGAAAACUAUUUCAGCGCAAGCUGGACCUAUCAGGCCACCAUGCAACUUCUCUCCUCAUUGGCCAGGCUGAUCCCUAACUACAAGUGCGACAAGCAGACAGACCUGAUAGCAGUCAUUGGAGGACUUGAACCUGAAACGUCCUUCUACAUGGCAACCAUGUUGCAUAUCUACAGCAUCCCACAGCUCACCUAUGGCCCUGUUUCAGUAAUGAAUGAACAGUUUCCAGGCCUUUCUGUCUACCAGAUGGUCCCCAAUGAAGCCCAUCAGUUCAAAGGGAUUCUCCGUUUAAUUCUGCAUUUUGGGUGGACCUGGAUUGGAAUCAUAGCUGUCAAUAAUGACAGUGGCGAAAGGGCUGUGCAAACAAUACUUCCCAUGCUUUCUCAACAUGGCAUCUGUCUGGCUUUCGCGGAAAAAAUCCUGCAAAUGCAUUCAUUGAAUGAUUUCAUUGAAAUGGCAGAAGAGGGGGUAAAAAUUUAUGAGCAUGUAAUGGAUAGUAAAGCCAACACAAUGGUCUUUUUUGGAGACAUUCAGACUUUUAUAUAUAUAAGAUGGAUCAUAAAACUACCUGAAAUGGAGCUUACAACAGCAAGGUCUAAAGGUAAUGUCUGCAUUUUGACUGCCUCAAUGGAUUUUGUAUCCCUUUCUUAUCAGAGGAGUUGGGAUUUACAAACCAACCAUGAUUUUCUAUCAUUCUCAUUUCACACAAAUGAGCUACCAGGAUUCCAGCAAUUUCUUCAAUCUAGAAAUCCCAUCUGGGUCAAGGAAGACGGCUUUCUUCAGGACUUCUGGGAAUAUGCAUUCUUGUGCCAGUUCUCUGAUUCACUUUCGGGGAAGAAGUUUGAUGACAGCUGCACUGGGAAGGAGAAGCUGGAGAGCCUUCCUGGACAUGUUUUUGAAAUGAGCAUAACUUCUCAUAGCUAUAGUAUCUACAAUGCUGUCUAUACCCUGGCACAUGCUUGGCAUAACAUGUAUACAUCUGGUUACAAACACAAAGAAAUGAGGCAUGGAAAAAGACAUCUGCCUUUGACGCAGCAGCCAUGGCAGCUCCACCACUUCCUUAAGAGUGUGAUGUUUAACACCAGUACUGAAGAGAAGGUUUUCCUUCAGUCCAAUGGGGAAUUAGUAACUGGAUAUGAUAUAAUAAAUUGGAUAGUUUUCCCAAAUAAAUCAUUUCUUAGAGUAAAAGUUGGGAGAAUGGAUCCCCAGAUGCCUCCAGAUGAAGCAUUUGCAAUUAAUGAAGAAUUAAUUGUAUGGCACAACCAGACAGUGCCUAUAUCUGUGUGUACUGACAAUUGCUACCCAGGAUUUAGCAAACAGAAGAGAGAAGGGGAGCCAUUUUGCUGCUAUGACUGCAUUCCCUGUUCUGAAGGGAAAAUUUCCAAUCAGAAAGACAUGGAUGACUGUGUCAUUUGCAGAGAAGAUCUCUAUCCCAACAUGGAACAAAAUCAGUGUGUUCCAAAAGAAAUAACCUUCUUGUCAUACAAAGAGCCCUUGGGGAUUACUUUAGCUGUUGUUGCUGUUUCAUUUUCAUUCACUACAGCUGUGAUUCUAAGAACAUUUAUGAGGCAUCAUGACACUCCCCUUGUCAAAGCCAACAACCGGACCCUUACCUACACUCUUCUGAUUUCCCUUCUGUUCUGCUUCCUUGCUUCUUUGCUGUUCGUUGGCCAACCUGAGAAGAUAAUCUGUCUCUUACGGCAAAGUACUUUUGGCUUUGUAUUCUCAGUGGCCAUCUCUUGUGUACUGGCCAAAACAGUCACCGUGGUUACGGCUUUCAUGGCCACCAAGCCAGGAUCCAGGAUAAGGAAGUGGUUGGGGAUGAGACUGGCUAUCUGCAUGGUUCUUUCCUGCACCCUUGUUCAAGGAGGCAUUUGUGGUGUGUGGCUGGCAACCUCUCCUCCAUUUCCUGAUUCUGACGUGCAUUCCAUGACUAAAGAAAUUGUUCUGGGAUGUAAUGAUGGAUCACCUAUCAUGUUCUACUGCAUGCUGGGCUACAUGAGCUUCCUGGCCUGUGUUAGCUUCAUCGUUGCUUUCCUUGCCAGAAAGUUACCUGACACCUUUAAUGAAGCCAAAUUCAUCAGCUUCAGCAUGCUGGUAUUCUGCAGUGUUUGGGUAUCCUUUGUUCCAACCUACUUGAGCAGUAAGGGAAAAUACAUGGUAGCCAUGGAGGUCUUCUGUAUCAUAGUCUCCAGUGCUGGGGUGUUGGGGUGCAUCUUUUUCCCAAAAUGUUAUAUUAUUCUGUUGAGGCCUGAGCUAAACCACAGGAAACAGCUAAUAAAGAUAAAGAAAUGA